AUGGGAGGGAGCUGCGCGCAGAGGCGACGCGCCGGCCGCGGGCAGGUACUGUUUCCCUGGCUGUUGCCUUUGUUCUGUUCGGCGUUCGGAGAGCCAAUCCGCUAUUCCAUUCCCGAGGAGCUGGCCAAGGGCUCGGUGGUGGGGAACCUCGCCAAGGAUCUGGGGCUCAGUGUCCUGGAUGUGUCAGCUCGGAAGCUGCGAGUUAGCGCAGAGAAGCUGCACUUCAAUGUAGACGCGCAGAGUGGGGACUUGCUUGUGAAGGACCCAAUAGACCGGGAGCAGAUAUGCAAAGAGAGGAGAAGAUGUGAGCUGCAGUUGGAAGCUGUGGUGGAAAAUCCUUUAAAUAUUUUCCAUGUCGUUGUGAUGAUUGAGGAUAUUAAUGACCAUGCUCCUCAAUUCGAUAAAAAGAAAAUAGACUUAGAAAUUUCUGAGUCUGUAUCCACUGGUGCACGGAUAUCCCUUGACCCUGCCACUGACCCCGAUAUAAACUUUAACUCAAUUAAAGAUUAUCAGAUAAACCCUAAUCCUUAUUUCUCAUUAAUAGUUAGAGUUAAUUCUGAUGGUGGCAAAUAUCCAGAAUUAUCCCUGGAGAAACUCCUAGACAGGGAAGAGCAGAGGUCACAUCGCUUGAUAUUGACUGCCUUGGAUGGAGGAGACCCGCCACGAAGUGCCACCGCUCAAAUAGAAAUCUUUGUAAAGGACACUAAUGAUAAUCCCCCAGUAUUCAGCAAAGAUGAAUAUAGAAUCAGUCUUAGUGAAAAUCUGCCCCCAGGGUCUCCCGUGUUGCAAGUGACAGCCACUGAUGCGGAUGAAGGGGUAAAUGCAGAAAUAAACUACCACUUCCGGAGCACCGCCCAGAGCACAAGACACAUGUUCUCAUUGGAUGAGAAAACAGGUAUGAUUAAGAAUAACCAAUCACUGGAUUUUGAAGAUGUAGAAAGAUACACCAUGGAAGUGGAAGCAAAGGACAUUGGUGGCCUUUCUACCCAGUGUAAAGUAAUCAUAGAAAUCCUAGAUGAAAACGACAACAGUCCAGAAAUUAUCAUCACUUCUCUGUCUGAUCAGAUUUUGGAGGAUUCUCCUCCAGGAAUGGUUAUUGCCCUUUUCAAAACACGGGACCGGGAUAUUGGAAGAAAUGGAGAAGUCACAUGUGAUAUAGAAAGAGACCUUCCUUUCAAGAUCGAUUCUUCUUCUAAUAACUAUUACAAGCUGGUGACUGAUGGAGUCCUAGAUCGAGAGCAGGACCCAGAAUACAAUAUCACCAUCAUCGCCACCGAUGGGGGCAAGCCGCCCCUUUCUUCAAGUGUAAAUAUCACCCUGCACAUCAUUGACGUCAACGACAACGUUCCGGUUUUCCAGCAGGCGUCUUACGUGGUUCACGUGGCUGAGAACAACCCGCCAGGAGCCUCAAUAGCUCAAGUCAGCGCCUCAGAUCCCGACUUAGGUCCCAACGGCCAAGUCUCCUACUCCAUCGCAGCCAGCGACCUGGAGCCUCGGGCAUUGUUAUCCUACGUGUCUGUGAGCGAACAGAGCGGCGUGGUGUUCGCGCAGCGAGCCUUCGACCACGAGCAGCUGCGUUCCUUUGA